GUUCUAUCUCUUUUUUGAUUAAAUUCUGGCUACAAAUCAACAGAAUGACAUGUUUCUCUCAGGGCAAUGGUAUCCUGAGUAAUACCAAUGUCCGCCAGUGCACUCACGCGACAAAACUCAGCAACGCGUCCAUGCACACGCGUAAUUUUUUUCUUUUUUUUUGUGCUUCAUAGAAUGGUUAAUAUCAGCAUUUAUCCUUAUAUCAACUCUGAAAAAAAGCAAGAAUUAAUAUGUCUUGAUUUUCAAGGGAGCUUUGACUCGGGUGAUGCUACCGAACUUGACAAUAUGGAAAUUGGUGAUCUCACGCUAGAAGAUGACUCUGCUGUUCUCGUCAUUGGUCAUCACCGGCUUGUUGGUAAAAAAGCAAAGCUUCCUAAGCCAUAUGCAGUUAUUUAUAAAAGAAAAAAAGAAGAGGAUGCUAUGGAAGAAGGCACGUCUUAUGAUGUUGUUACCAUAUUGAAAGAAAAAUACGUGUUUACUGGCCGACCAGGAUUGAUUGUCCAAGAGAGUUUACGUGGUUUGACAAGAAUAGGCAAAUAGAAUGAAAAUUCUUUUUAUUUUGUAUAUACAUAUUUUAUACCUUAUUUUAGAAUAGUAAACAUCCAUGAAUCUUAAAAGCAAUAAAUUUAUCAUAAAC